AUGAGGCGGCAGCCAUCGACGGCCGACGAUAUGGUGGGCACGCCGCAGGGUCUGGCGCGUUCCUCAUCGGGCGUCUGGUGGAAGCUGAUGGGCGACGCGUCUGAUGCAGGAUCCGAUGCGUCGGAGGUGGACCGGCAGCUGCGCGGCAUCGCCAACGAGGAGGCCGCCGUGAGGGCCCGCAUAGAGAGGCGGCACGCGGGCGCCCCCGCCGUCCGACGCAAGAUCGCCGUCGCGUCCAUGGGCCUUGAGGUGGUGGCGCUGCUUUGGUACGGCCUGUGGAGGGCCAGGGCCAGGAGGCGGGGCAGCGGCAGGGCGCCCACCACCACCAGGCCGUCUCUGCUGCUGCCUGCGCUCGCCGUGCCUGCUGCCUUGGCCACCGUCGCCCUCGCUGCAUUCGGCCGCUUCCGGAACAUGUUGGAUCGCAGUGAUGAGCAGCAGCUGGAGCGGCUCCGAGCAGAAAGGAAGGCCAAGAUUGGCAGCUUCAGGGGAAGCCACCACAACUUGCAAAAGCUCAUCCAGAAGUAUGAUCCUGAUGAUGCUGCUGCUGCUGCUGCUGCUGCUGACAGCAACACUGAUGGUGGUGAUAGCAAAACUACGAAAAAGCUCAAGAGGACGCACUCGCGGUUGAGCUUCCAGUUCCAUGUGGGAGAGGGAGACGAAUGA